CGCUCGAGCUUACAGUGUGGACCGCAACUUUCGCCACCGCAUCUCUCAUGACAGCGAAGGACAACAAGGCACAGCGAAGACAAACACACUGGGAAGCAGAGGGACACACAGCAGACUCUCACUGACUCGUAUUGUGAAAGGGAUUUACUGAGUGUGGCGCACCGUGUUUAAAAAAAGAAAAAAGAAAAAGAAGCGCACUGGCCACUUCCAUGCGCCCUUGACUUCAUUCUUUUUUUUAUUGAUAUUCACACCUUGUUUUCGGAUAUCUAAUUCCGGUGGGUCUGAAUAAAUAAUGUUAAAAAUGACAGAGGAGCAUGACAAGUGUGGCGGCGACCAGCCGUGCAGUCCAUCCGGCACAAACAGCUCCAUGUCUCAGGACGAGUCCGACUCAGACGCUCCGUCCUCGCCGACGGGCUCCGACGGCCAAGGAUCCUUGCUCACCGGUCUGGGCAAGAAACUGGACUGCGAGGAUGACGACCGGUUCCCGGCUUGCAUACGGGAAGCCGUUUCUCAGGUGCUCAAGGGAUACGACUGGUCCUUGGUGCCCAUGCCCGUGCGAGGGAGCGGAUCCAUGAAGAACAAACCCCACGUCAAAAGACCCAUGAAUGCGUUCAUGGUUUGGGCGCAGGCGGCACGCAGAAAGCUGGCGGAUCAAUAUCCGCACCUGCACAACGCCGAACUGAGCAAGACGCUGGGGAAACUGUGGCGCUUGCUCUCAGAGAGUGAAAAGAGGCCGUUUGUAGAUGAGGCAGAAAGGCUCCGCGUUCAGCACAAGAAAGAUCACCCGGACUACAAGUACCAGCCUCGGCGACGGAAGAAUGUGAAGCCAGGCCAGAGUGACUCAGAUUCGGGAGCAGAACUGGCACAUCACAUGUAUAAAGCUGAACCAGGGAUGGGAGGACUGGCAGGGAUGACAGAUGGACACCACCACCCUGAACAUGCAGGUCAGCCCCAUGGUCCCCCAACACCACCCACCACUCCCAAAACAGAUCUGCACCACGGUGUGAAACAGGAUCUGAAGCAUGAAGGCCGUCGUCUUGUUGACAGCAGCAGGCAAAACAUCGACUUCAGCAACGUGGACAUCUCCGAGCUUAGCACUGAUGUCAUCAGCAACAUGGAGACCUUUGAUGUGCAUGAGUUCGACCAGUACCUCCCGCUCAACGGCCACACCUCAGGCUCCUCCGCCCUGCCCUCAGACCACAGCCACGGGCAGGCUCCGGCGCCCGGCAGCUCUUACACUUCCUCAUACGGCCACACAGGUGCCAACGGAUCAGUGUGGAGUCGCAAAGGCCCCAUGUCCUCCUCCUCCACUUCCUCUGCCGGCGAGGUGGCCCAACAUCGACUCCAUAUUAAAACGGAGCAACUGAGCCCCAGCCACUACAGCGAGCACUCCCAUGGGUCGCCCUCACACUCCGAUUAUGGCUCCUUCAGUAGCCAAGCCUGCGUCACCUCGGCCACAUCGGCUGCUGCAGCCGCGGCCUCUUUCUCCAGCUCCCAGUGUGACUAUACUGACCUCCAGAGCUCCAACUAUUACAACCCUUACUCUGGCUACCCUUCUAGCCUCUACCAGUAUCCUUACUUCCACUCAUCCAGGCGGCCCUACACCAGCCCGAUCCUCAACAGUCUGUCCAUGGCUCCUGCCCACAGUCCCACUGCCUCCAGCUGGGACCAGCCCGUCUACACCACACUGUCUCGACCUUAGGGGUACGAGAAACAGUACAGCCCCCGGAGACUCAUUCAGACUCAUGCACUACUAAUGAAGGACGCACGGUGCGAGUGGAGGAGUGUGUGUAGAUGGUAGUAGGUUACCUGUGACGAUUUGAACGUGAAACAAACAAAAGAGAAAAAAAGUGCCUGCUGAUUUUAUACAAAGUUCUAGUGUUGCGAUGAAAACACACACGUAAGACUUUUUACAAAGACAAAUUGUGUUGUUGGUGAGCCAAAACUCCUCCAUGAGGACAUGUCGCCUACGCCUACAUCCCGUACAACCCCCCUCUUUCUAGUUUAAGAUUGCACGUAUGCGCACACUUGAGGUAAAGCAAAGGCCUGCCACUGAGCUGUGUAGGAGAGAAACAGUUUGGCCCAAUUUUGUUGUGAAGCAGAUGGAGAAGCAGAUACUUCUUCUUCUUCUUCUUCUUGUUUUCGGCUUCUCCCUUUAGGGGUCGCCACAGCGGAUCAUCUGCCUCCAUCUCCACCCUACCCCUUGUGUCCUCUUCAUGGAGAAGCAGAUACUUUGGAGAAUAUACACGGGACCAAUUAUGUAAAUUUGCAGAAAGAUUUACAUUAAUGACCAGAGCUAUAUCUCAGCACAUUUUGUCCAUUUGCAUUGGUGGAUCCGUCUUAACUAAAUGGCUCAUAUGAAUCUUAUCUUAAGGUCAUUUUGGCAUAAAAGUCUUAUAUGUAUUUAUGUUCAUGCGUUAUUGGUUUCUUAUUUUUUUUGUUUCUUUUCGUUUUUUUUUGUUUUUAAGUAGAUAAACACAUUUAAUGUGAGUUUGGUUAUUGACAGUACUGUUUUGGCUUGUGUUGAAAAACAAAGUAAAUGAAGUUAAGGUCAGUACAAUUUCAGUGCAUUUGACAUCAUUCCAUUAAAGACAAUUCCCUGUUCCAA